AUGGAAAUGACGAAAAAGCUAUAAAUAAUGGCAGGUAUCAUCAGUGACUGAUCGUCCCCAACUCACAGUUAUCAUAGGUUACACCUCGCCUUCAUUUACUCUCUGCUGUUUCAGAACGUGCGGUGCCUUCCUUCCUUUGAAGCUCUUAAGUUCUCUUUCUCUUGGGUGUUGUAAAAGAAGCUCUAACUGCAGUUCAGUACUUCAGCUCUUGUCUUUUCCAUCUUAAACGCACUGAAGAGCUAAGCUAUAGAAGAAGCCGGAAGGAUUAGUACGAUUUUGAAGUUCGUUACUAUUUAUCCAUUCGGAGCUACCAGAGAUGGCGGAUUGAAUUCUGGCAAUCGGUUUUUGUUCUGAAGGUUAGUUUUAUGGAAGAUUUUGACCGGUUUCAUCCUGCGAUUUCUUGGUCAGAUGAAAUCGCGGGAGUUAUUGGAAGUGUUGCUACAGCUCCAACGACGGAAUUUGACUGUCAAGUCGAGAAUAUCUUUCAAUUCGAAGCCGAUUACGAGCCGGAGAUCCAUGGAUCUGAGAUAUUCAGUCUGAUCAAAGCUCAGAUCGCAAAUCAUCCUCGUUAUCCUAGCCUACUAAAGGCUUAUAUAGAAUGUCGGAAGGUCGGAGCUCCGGCGAAGAUGGCCUCUCUUCUUGAAGAUAUCGCUCUAGAAAACAACACCAGUUGUGGCACAAGUGAGAUAGGAGCGGAUCCAGAACUCGACAAGUUCAUGAAUUCGUAUUGUGAACUUCUUUACAGAUACAAGGAAGAACUAUCGAAGCCGUUCGAUGAAGCAACAAGUUUUUUGAGCAAUAUUGAAUCGCAGUUCAGCGAUCUCUGCAGAGUAGCGUCGUCCUCGACCACAACGACGACCUCGUCCUCCUUUGGGAAUUACCACUCAGAUGAAGCAACUGGGACGUCAGAAGAGGAGCUAAGCUGUGCGGAUAUGCAGCUGUUGGAUGGCCUGGAAUCUUCUGGUCCCCAUCAUGGUGACAAGGAGCUGAAAGAAAUGCUUUUGCGGAAGUACAGUGGCUAUCUUAGCAGUCUGAGGAAAGAAUUCAUGAAGAAGAGGAAUAAAGUGAAACUACCUAAAGAUGCGAGGAUGGCAUUGUUGGACUGGUGGGAUAACCACUAUAGAUGGCCAUAUCCCACGGAAGAGGAGAAGGCGAAGCUCUCUGAAGCGAGUGGAUUAGACCACAAGCAGAUUAACAAUUGGUUCAUCAACCAGAGGAAGCGGCAUUGGAAGCCAUCGGCAGACAUCCGUUCUGCAUUGGUGGAGAGUAUCACAAGCGAUGGUUCAGGACCGCAAUGUAUUUGAGCUGGAGGAACUGGCAAUGAAGAUCUUUGAAGUUUGAAUAGCACUAGGUCUUCACUUCACCUUCCUUACAUUUUUAUGUGGUCUUCCAUGCUCCCGCUUCUAUUUUCUGCUUAUUUGUACAAAAUUGUAACUUUGCAAAUAUCAUUUUGGAAUUUACUUGAACUUGACCCCA